AUGGCUGCACCCUGGGCUCGGCGCCGUCAGCAAACCGAUGGGGUCUGGACCGCGGCUCUCACGGCCGCUCAGGCCCCAACAUCUCUCACCACAGCCAGGAUCCGUCGGGAACCUGACCGCCAGCUGCCGCCAAGACUAGGCCGAAGGGGUGGGGCGACGCACGCACAAGCACGUCGCGGCGCUUGCCGCGCGCACGUGCCGCCGGGAGCGAGCCCGCGUCGCAGUGGACACUGGGACAGGGGCGGGGUCGGCGCGCGGCCGACCUUCUUAAAGUGGCAGGCUCCCAAAGUAGAGCAAGUGAAAGUACUUGACCGAUUCAGCACCAGCAACAAGUCAUUGACAGGAACGCUAUACCUUACGGCCACACACCUAUUAUUUAUAGACUCUCAUCAAAAAGAAACUUGGAUAUUGCACCACCAUAUUGCCUCAGUGGAGAAACUCGCGUUGACUACUUCUGGAUGCCCACUUGUGAUUCAGUGCAAGAACUUCCGGACUGUGCAUUUCAUUGUUCCCAGAGAAAGAGAUUGCCAUGAUAUUUACAACUCUUUGCUACAGCUGUCAAAACAAGCAAAGUACGAAGAUCUAUAUGCAUUUUCUUAUAAUCCCAAGCAAAAUGAUUCAGAACGACUCCAAGGCUGGCAGCUUAUUGACCUUACUGAAGAAUAUAAGAGGAUGGGAGUGCCAAAUUCCAACUGGCAGUUGACUGACGCAAACCGAGAAUACAAGAUCUGUGAAACUUAUCCCAGAGACCUUUAUGUUCCCCGAAUAGCAAGCAAACCAAUAAUUGUUGGGAGUUCCAAGUUCCGGAGCAAAGGAAGAUUCCCAGUGCUUUCGUACUAUCAUCAGGAGAAGGAGGCUGCCAUUUGUCGAUGUAGCCAACCGCUGUCAGGGUUCAGUGCCAGGUGCCUGGAGGAUGAGCAUCUGCUUCAAGCUGUCAGUAAAGCCAAUCCCGUCAACCGCUAUAUGUACGUCAUGGACACCAGGCCCAAACUGAAUGCUAUGGCCAACAGAGCAGCUGGAAAAGGUUAUGAAAAUGAAGACAACUAUUCUAACAUUAGAUUUCAGUUUGUUGGGAUUGAAAAUAUUCAUGUCAUGAGAUCCAGCCUUCAGAAAUUAUUGGAAGUCAGUGGUACCAAAGGGCUGUCUGUCAAUGACUUCUACUCUGGGAUGGAGAGUUCCGGAUGGCUUCGCCAUAUCAAAGCUGUUAUGGAUGCUGCAAUCUUCUUAGCCAAAGCUAUAGUGGUUGAAAAUGCAAGCGUGUUGGUACAUUGUUCUGAUGGUUGGGAUAGGACUUCCCAGGUGUGUUCCCUUGGCUCUCUGCUACUGGAUUCCUACUAUAGGACAAUCAAAGGAUUCAUGGUUUUAAUAGAAAAGGAUUGGAUCUCCUUUGGACAUAAAUUUUCAGAGAGGUGUGGCCAUUUGGAUGGUGACCCCAAGGAAGUCUCACCAGUGUUCAUUCAGUUUUUGGAGUGUGUGUGGCAUUUGAGCGAACAGUUCCCACAAGCCUUUGAAUUCAAUGAAGCGUUUCUUCUUCAGAUCCAUGAGCAUACUCAUUCAUGCCAAUUUGGAAACUUCCUUGGGAAUUGUCAGAAGGAAAGAGAAGAACUCAAGUUGAAGGAGAAGACUUACUCCCUAUGGCCGUUUCUUUUGGAUGACCAAAAGAAGUACUUAAAUCCUCUCUACAGUUCCAAAUCACAGAGAUUUAUGGUCUUGGAUCCAAGUACAGUGUCUUUCAAUUUUAAGUUUUGGAGAAACAUGUACCACCAGUUUGAUCGAACAUUGCAUCCCAGGCAGUCCAUGCUAAACAUAAUUAUGAAUAUGAACGAGCAGAAUAAACAGCUAGAGAAAGAGAUUAAAGACCUAGAAUCUAAAGUUAAGCAGUGCAAAAAGAAGCAACCAGAUGGCGUCCUCACCAAGGAAUUGUUACGUUCAGUGUGUCCUGAAUCUCCAAGUCUCAAAGCUUCCUUGUGUUUUAAGGAACAGACUCUGCUCCCUGUGAGUGACGCUCUUCGAACUAUAGAGGGCAGCAAUUCUGCAGACAAUCGUUACAGUGACUAUGAGGAAGCGUUUUCCAAGUCGGAACCUGGUGUCGUCAGCUUAGAGUACGGCGUGGCAAGAAUGACUUGCUAG